GAGAGCAUCCGCCCACAAAAGCCAUAGCAAUUUUAGUGUGCCUCAAAUGCAAUUGUGCACCAAAAAAGUGAACAAUUGGAAUUACGGCAAAUAUCGUGAGUAUAUUCCGCGAAAUAAACCGACACAGACGCAUCCGAGGCGCGUAAAAAGAGAGAAAUAGCCAGACGUGACGGUUUGGCAUUCACUGAUAUUUAAAUGGGAGUGGGUGGGCCUUCGCGCAGACUGAGAUCUCUGACAGACCUUCGUGUACAUCCGCCAAGGAUUAUUAUUUAAUUGCGAAACGAACACAGCAAAGGGGCCGGAUUUGAACUCGCGCGGAACCGGUGCGGUUGAACCCGACCAGCUUGGACUCUAUCGGCAUUUGGUGCUCCGUUAUUGAAGGGUGUUUUUGCAUUGGCACCGCCCUUCCUGACGGGGUGGGUCCGUGCGUCAGAGCUGCGCCACAGUCUGCGGCCGCUGGAGAAAAUAGGCCGUCCUUCUGCUGGGCUUCUGCCUGCCUUCCACGGCGUCCGGCCUUUUUUCUCUUAAACAACUCCUCUCCGGGUUUUAUUAAUGCGGAAUGAGUGAUCUAAAGAAGGAAGCUAUGGCCACAGAUGGGGGGAAGACCAGUGGAGGUGAAGGGGGUACGAAAGGGAAAAGUUCAGGAUCACAGGAUGCACAACCGUCUCCCCUCGCAUUGCUUGCAGCGACGUGCAGUAAAAUAGGAGGAGUCGGAGGUGAGGGUCAGGCCGCUACACAUCAGCAGAUUAUAAUCGACCCGAAUCAGGGCCUGCUGCAGCUCCAGAAUCCCACGCAGCAGCUCGAGUUAGUUCCUGCACAGUUAACCGGAAACGGCUGGCAGAUCAUAGCGACUUCACCCGCGGCCACAACCCUAACUAAGGACAGCAUUCAGCAGUCGGGUGUCGCUACGUCUAGCAUAGCCACCGGUGAAGGAACGGCGGGGCGGAAGGUCAAGGCGGUGGCUUCGAGUAACGCACCUGCCGGACAGCAGCAGCAGCAGCAAUUUCAAAUCAUCCAGGUGCAGAAUUUGCCUAACUCAACGGGCGGGAUUCAGUAUCAGGUCAUUCCACACCUGCAGACCGCAGAUGGACAGCAAAUCCAAAUUAGCCCCAGUAACCCCUUAAGCGUUCAGCCGGAACAGAUUCAACUCUUCUCCACCGGAAACAACCAAGCCAUCUUGGCCACGCCUCAGAGGGCGGGCUCGGCCAACAUCGUCACACAGAAUCUAGCCAAUCAGACGAUUCCGCUUCAGAUCAGACCGUCAUUCCAGCUACAAAGCAUUCAGGGUACACAAGCCCCGAUGGUGACUACGUUACCCAUCAACCUCGGCGGCAUGACGUUUGCCCUACCGGUCAUCAAUAACAUGGCAGGAGGGGGUGGGUCGGUUCAGCUGGUCCAGUCAAGUGAUGGGAGCAUUUCUAAUGGCAACCAGUUGAUAACCACCACCGUCACGAGUGCAGCAGAAUCGAUGGGUGUUUCUACUUGCACAACAACCGCAUCUGGCAUCGAUUCUACUGUUGCGACCUCUGCAGAUGGCACGACGUUAUCUACAGUAGCUACCGAGACCCAGAAGGACGGUCAGGGGCAGUCGGGUGAGUCAGACGCCCAGAUCGUCGCUCAGUCCAACGGGCUCCAACCCGCAUCGGAUCAGGCCGGCCAAAUCCAACAGUUCCAAAUUGUGGGCCACCCGGUUCUGCAACAGAUCCAGAUUCAAUCGCCCCAGCAGCAGGUGGUUCAAGGAUCCAUACAGCUUCAGCCCGGGCAGACUUUACAACCGGUUCAGCAGAACCUCCAGCUUCAGGCCUUCCAGAACCCGACCCAGGUUCUUAUCCGAACGCCCACUCUUACGCCCUCAGGGCAGAUCAGCUGGCAGACCGUUCAGGUGCAGAAUGCGGCCAUGCCCCAACAGCUGACGCUCUCGCCCGUAACAUCCAGCGGAGGCACCUACACUCAGAUCGCCCCACUGACGCUCGGAGGGUCGCCCAUCACUCUGACCUCCGGCACGGGGAUGCAGACGGUGAACAUUGCGGGUUUGGGGACAGCUGGAGUACAGGUGCAGGGCGUCCCUCUCACCAUCACAGGUGUGCAAGGUCAACAGCAGAAUCAGGAGGGAGUCAAAGUUCAGUCCACCCCUGUGACGGUCACAGUUGGCAACAUCAACAGCACAACCCUAAACGCAGUGAGCCCGGAUCAGAUGGGUCAGGUCCAAAGUCCAUCUGAUCAGGAGGGUCAACCCAGCAAGAGGCUUCGCAGGGUGGCCUGUUCCUGUCCCAACUGCAGGGAUGGAGAGGGGAGAAACAACAGCGACCCAUCCAAAAAGAAGCAGCACGUGUGUCACAUGGAGGGUUGCGGAAAGGUUUACGGUAAGACGUCUCAUCUGAGAGCUCACCUGCGCUGGCACACGGGAGAGAGACCGUUUGUCUGUAACUGGAUCUUCUGCGGGAAACGCUUUACCAGGAGCGACGAGCUUCAGCGACAUCGCAGGACACACACAGGAGAGAAGAGGUUCGAGUGUCCCGAAUGUUCCAAGAGGUUCAUGCGAAGCGACCACUUGUCAAAGCACAUCAAAACCCACCAGAACAAAAAAGGUGGGGCGGCACUUACCAUCAUCACGACAGAGGACAUGGAGGAAGAAGUGGACGAGGACCUGGGAUCGCCAAGAAUCGUCACCGUGGCGUCACUCUCGCAGGAUUCGAACCCGGCCACGCCUGCGACUUCAAACAAUUUAGAUGAGGAGUUUGAGUAGUUGAAUAAGAGCACCACGAUGUUGUUGGAUUGUUUAUAUGUUUGUUUAUGUUCUUCAUUCUUUUCUUUCGAUGAUGGACAGCUGUUUGAGCGUAGUCGAUUUCUCAUAUGGAAAUUUAUUAUUAUCAAAUAUAACGAAGAAUAAUCUAAAGAGUAUGGAAAUAAUAUGAGCUGAUAAAAAACAUGAUGAGUUUUUUUUUUAUUUUGAGUAGCACAAGAUAUUCCCGAGGAUAGUAGUUGAAAAUCUUUCGCUAUGCACAAAAAAUAUAUCGUUAUAAAUUGGUUCGGGGAUGAGAAUCUCUGUUUUUUGGAGCCUCGCAAUGAACGGCUGCACUACUCGUGCAUUGGUCUGUAGUUUGCAAAUUAUGAAGAGCCUAAAGACACGAUAAGAGCCUUAGCACAAGUGGUUGAAUGGCGCGUGAUCGGUGUGUCAAUCACAGCCUCACGUAGGAGUUCUUGGGGAUUUCGGGCUCUGCGUGUCGGACAGUGAGAUUUAUAAUAUUUUUCCCUGCACAAAAGGAACGUGACCCCGAGUAGUCGAAUGAGCAUUUAUGAAGUGGCUGUUUUACAGGUCUUUAAGAAAAGCACAUUAGAUUUACAAACAAUGCAUUCCAGUUGAGCAAAGAUUAUGGAUCGAAAGACAUUUCUUUAAAAAAAAGAGAAAAAGAAAAAACAAUCUAGCUUUCUGAGACAUGUCAUGUUAAAUGAAAGCAAUACUAUAAAGACAAUCUUUGUAAAACCAUGUUUACAUUACCAAGAGGUAGAAUAGGUUUCUUUCUGAAAAAUGAUUUAAAAAACUAAAAAAAACAUUUUCAGAUCUCAAGUCAUAUGAACUGUACUCAGAUGCCUUAACAAUUACUGCAGUACCACUAUGUUACGGCUGGGCAGGGGGACGUGGGCUUUUCAAAUACCCAGUUGACCACAUCAUUUUUUUUUUUAUAUGAUGGUGAACACUGUGGCCAGUGAAGACUGGGUACUUAAAUGAGGGUCUCUGUAGAUUGGGUCAUAAACCUGACCCAUGUCACCGUUCGGCCCCCUUUUUUUUUUUUUUUUGAAAGUGCCCUCUUGUCGGCCAUCGACUCUCAUGCUCUCCCCAAAGAGAUUCAACCCUGUUACAUCCAUACAACCUCCCCCUUACCAGAUGUUUUUUCUGCUGGGUCACAAUAGGCCAAAUCAGACCCAUUUAAUGUUCAGAAAUACGUGUGGUGGCGUGUGUUUUCGAGUGUUUCGUUUUCUUUGUAAUUCAUUUCAGGCCCCUAUUUUCGGUCAACACACAACACAAAUAGAUGAUGCCCAUGUGUGUGUGUUUGUGUGUGUCUAAUUUAUUAUUUAUCCUUAUAUUAGUAUUUGCUAAUGUGUAUUGUGCGCUGUUAAUGCAGAGAUGACGUGCCGCAUGGUUCAUUUCCGCUAUGGAUCUAUUUAGUAUUGAUCUGUUAUUUCUUAACGUGGUCCUUUUAGAAAGUUAAACCAUGGCUUUUAAUUUAUCUGAGUUGACUUGUUUCAAAAGAAAACUUUAAAAAAAAAAGUUCAAAAAGAAGUGGUUGAUACCAAACAAUUAUAAAAAUAGAUGUUUUUGGUAAUAUUUCCUGUGGCAACCGAUUUUCUUUAAAAUUUUCUAGUGACGCAUCAUUUGUAAAUCAUUUUUCUAAGAUGUUUCUUUGUUCUCAUGGCAUUUGAUAAUGGGUUUUUUGCCAGGUUAGCCUGAAAGGCUGCGGUUUAUUGAUAUUUUUAAAUAACUUUGUACAAACGUGUUAUGUUCAUGGGUAAAUAAAAGGAUAAAGAAACAACUUUACCUGCAUAACACUUGAAAUUAAAGUGAGUAAAUCUGUCUUACAUA